AAGAUUGAGAAAAGAUGUACUGGUUCGUAAGUACUUGCGUAAAUGCUUGGUGAAUCUGGCCUCUGGUAUUUGUUUCCAAAAAUCCUUAUUGUAAAAUUGUACCCCAAGGUGUAUUUCUUGUCCCAUGUAGUUAGGACUGGUGAUUAUUACUAUAUAAACCACUGCACUUCCACUAUUUGUAAGAAAGUAAGAGCGGGUGUUGUUAGCGAUACUUUAGGGUACAGCUUUCAAUCUCGUACCUUACAAUCUGUCUAGGGGAGAUGCUGGGCAGUGGCAGUGUCUGGGAUGUUCCCGGACGUAGGUUCGAAUCCUCGUCACGGCACUUGUGGAUUUGUUCGUCUAGGGGAGAGUUUCAGAAACCUGUUUGCAUUUAGUUUAGUUCAUUUAUUAUGUACCCCAUACCCAUCCCGUGGGCGGUAGUGGAAAGUGUUACAGAGGCACAUGAUGGGCUCAGGGACUGAACCCCACAAUUUAUUUAACUAAGCAAGUUACAAUCUUGAUGAACUAGUUACAAAAUUCAUUAUAAGUCGUCACAUCAACAAUGGGUUCGAGAUCGACCACAAGUACAGUUUCUAAACAGAGCAGCUGAAAGCAGAGUUUGCUAUUGACACCUGCUAGAUGACAGCUGUUAGCUGACAGCUGCUAGAUGAAUGCCCAAACACCUGCUGGCUGAUGAUGAAUACUAUUUAAUUUCAGGUGUAAUUUUCCAAAUAAAUUACCACUCUCCAUAAGUACAGCCACGACUACCACAGUCACGUACCCUCCGUCGCCACCAUCACAGCUUACAGAUCCAAGAGCGUCGUGUAGCGGAGCAGGAAGAUGACUUCGACAAGACUAAGAAUGUGGGUGCCUGCUGUCGUUGGCGCAUGUGUCAUGGUGGUCCUGCUGGGGCGUCAUGUUGACUGGACCUUGCAACACCACUCUCCUGAUAUGCAGGAUGCUGCAAUCACCUCUGAUGGGCCAGCAGGUGCUGAGCGUCGCGGGGCCUUCUACAGUGACGCAGAGAUUGCCACGGACCAAGAGGACUGGAGUACCAAGGAAUGUUCUUUGAUGCCGUUCGUGGGGGUGAUGGCGAUUUUCGACUACAUAGACACCCGUACUCUUCCCUGUGACAAACCUGUAAUGGUAGGCGGGCAGACCCACACACACCCCGGGUACUUCGUGGGGGAGAAAUGGGUAUGCAUGAGUCCCAAGUUCAACAUCAAGUUCGGAGACUGUCUCGUCUACUCCUUCGGCAUCGAGCGGGACUUCACCUUCGACGACGACAUGGACCAGAGGUUCAACUGUAAGGUCAACGCCUUUGACCCCACCAUUAAGCUACAGACCCACAACCGUUCCGAAAAUGUCCAGUUCUUCGACCUGGGCAUCUCUAACGUCAGUGGCACCCUGGAGGGCACUGACAAAAAGGUGGAUCGCUAUACCAACAUCGUAAAGAUGUUGGGCCACGAGAAUGUUGUCAUCGACUAUCUAAAGGUGGACGUGGAGGGCUACGAGCUGCCUAUGUUCUUAGACAUUCUCAACAACACCCCCAACCUUCUCAAGAACGUCAAGCAAAUCGGCAUGGAGGUCCACCUCAAAGAAGAACGAAACAAACAUUACUGGAAGAUGUUCCAGCAGCUGGAGUGCUUGGGGUUCAAGGUGUGGUUCAGCGAGAUGAACCCUGUGAGGACCAUGUGGUACCAGGUGGGAGGGAAGACCCGCUCCUGCUGCUACGAAAUCGUUUGGGCUCGCGACCGCCAGUGGUAGGUCUCCAAGCACGUCUCCACAGACACAGGUGGCACGAAGCACUUACGAACCUGGGGCCAGAUUCACGAAGCACUUACGAACCUGGGGCCAGAUUCACGAAGCAGUUACGCAAGCACUUACGAACCUGGGGCCAGAUUCACGAAGUAGUUACGCAAGC